UGUGAUACAAAAGAUGAAAGUGAAAGUUUAAUUUUUUGUUGUAUGUAUGUUUGUGCGCACGCAGCAAGCAAGUCAUCUUCCUGUCUCUCCAUCUCUCUCUCUCUCAAAUCUACACACACUCCACGAUGCUGCUCAGUGCAAAGCCUAGCUUCGCUCCUGUCGGUGGAUUCAACUUUGAAAAUGUUCGGAGGAACGCCAUGCUGGAAGAGCAGAUGUCUGGACAGGGGUUCAAGGCCCCCAAAGCACGGAAGACUGGUACCACCAUCGCAGGAAUUAUAUUCAAGGACGGUGUGAUUCUGGGAGCUGACACCAGGGCCACUGAUGACAUGGUGGUGGCCGAUAAGAACUGCAUGAAGAUCCAUCACAUCGCUCCCAACAUCUACUGCUGCGGAGCGGGCGUGGCUGCGGACGCUGAGGUCAUCACUCAGAUGAUGUCAUCGCAGCUGCAGCUGCACGCCCUGUCAACAGGACGGGCUGCGCGCGUCGUCACGGUUACCAGGCUGCUCAAACAGAUGCUGUUCAGGUACCAGGGCCGUAUUGGCGCCUCCCUGAUUGUGGGCGGGUACGAUGUGACUGGGCCACACCUCUACAGCAUCUACCCACACGGCUCCUUUGACAAGCUGCCCUACGUUACCAUGGGGUCUGGAUCAGCUUCUGCAAUGGCUGUGUUUGAAGACCGGUACAAGCCCAACAUGGAGUUGGAGGAGGCCCAGCGGCUGGUUCAAGACGCCAUCACGGCCGGUAUCUUCUGUGACCUGGGCUCCGGCAGCAACGUGGACCUGUGUGUGAUCAGCAAGGGCAGUGUGGACAUCCUGAGACCCUUCGACCAGCCGGGCAAGAGGGGGUGCAAGCUUGGACAGUACCGUUAUAAAAAGGGCACUACGGCCGUCCUGACCAAGACGGUCACUCCCAUCGCAGUGGAACUUGUAGAGGAGACUGUCCAGCGAAUGGACACGGAGUAGCAUCCACUACAGGGACCCUCACCCGAGUGUGUGUGUCUCAAAGGGCUCCCCCACACACACACACACACACCUCCCCCCCCCCCCGCCCCCGCUGAUCCUGUGAACAGUGAUGUCCUUCCAUUGAGCAGCACACUGCAUCGUUCACAACUGAAGCAGGUUUUGCCAGUAUGAUUAUUAAACAGCAGUAGAUAAUAAUGUAAGCAGAACACACACACACACUAUAAGAUACUAAACCCAUUAUAACAUGUUCCCACGUGUAGAAGCAUAGCAAGGCGUAGUGAAGCAUAGUAAGAAGCAUGGCACGGCAUAGGUAGCAUUGUAAAGACCGGAGAGGUGUGGUGAAGCAUAUGAAAAGACAUGCGAAACUGUGGUGAAGGUAUUGUAUAACCAUGGGAAAAGCAUGGGGGAAAACUGAUCAAUGAUUCCAGAGCAUUCAGCCCCCUUGCUUAUUUUAGACUGCUGUGUCUUUAUCAUUUUUUGUAGUUUUUUUUUUCUUGCAAUUCAAUUAAAAGUGUUAGAACUUGA